AUGACGAGGAAUGACAUCCAAAUGUGUUUCUUACUAUGUUCCCUUUUUCCUGAAGAUUUUGAAAUCCCUAUUGAGCAGUUGAUUAUGUGCGGAAUUGGAAUAGGAUUGUUCCCUAAUGCUAACUCGAUUGAAGAUAAAAGGAAUGAAAUGGUUAUGGCACUUAAAAAACUCCAAAAAUCUGGCUUGUUAUUGGUAACUGAUGAUGCAAAAAGCCGAAGAAUGUCAAUUUUUUUCCUUUUGGGAACUGAUUAUGGAGAAACGAUAAGCAUGCAUGACGUGGUUCGAGAUUUUGCUCAUUGGCUAACAUCAACCGGAGAAAAUAGGUUCAUGGUAAAAGAUAAGUUGAAAGAAUGGCCUGAUAUGGUUGAAAGUUUUGAAUGUUAUACUGCAAUCGCUUUAUGGAAUUGUAGUAGUAACAUAAAAUUUCCCGACAAAGUGGAAUUUUCAAAGCUCAAGACUUUGUGUCUUGAGGGGGAGGAUUGGGAUGAUUUACUAGUGGUUUCCAUUGCGAGCUACUUCUCAUCAUCGCUGACAAAUCUUGAGAUUCUUGUAUUGAUUGACACUAAGAUUUAUCAGAUAAGUGAAGAAUUGGUGAAAUUGUCUACACUGAAGUAUUUACGUCUUUCUAAAGAAUCCAUAUUCCACCAAUAUUAUGAGGAAUCAGAAAUGAGAAUCCAGCCAAGCUUGGUAUCAAGGUUGACUUCGUUGCAAAAGUUACAUGUGCAAAGCAAAAACACUAUCAACUUAAUGGAAUUGAAUUUAUUCUCUUGUUUAACUGCGCUAUCAUUGAGACUUUCUACUGAUCAAUUUUCUCAAGAAGAUUUUGUGUUCCCUAAACUACAAAUGUACACUAUAGUUGUAAAUGAGCGUUUUACCUAUGAGUGGGCGUUUAGGACAUUGAAAAUUCGUAACUUCUCAUCGUCAUUGAGUGCAUUUAGCAAUUUAUUUUACAAUGUGGAGAAGUUGAAGUUAAAGAAUGUUAGUGGACAAAAGAACAUUGUGCCAAGCAUAGGUGAAAUGGAAGUAAAUGAGUUGACUUAUUUGAAGCUUGAAUCUUGCAAUGAUAUGGAAUUCUUGACUGUUAUAACAAGGGAUCAGGGUUGCUGCAUUCUCUAA